AUGAGUUUCGCAGUUAGUUUUCUACUUCUCUUCUGCAUAUUCAAUUUCGAGCAGUUUGUGAGAGCAGAAACUGAUCUAGCGACAUACAUCGUCCACAUCGACCCCCAAAUCGACGAUCAACAUUCAUUUUUGGCGACGGCUGUAACCGAUGAAGAGCCACGCAUUCUUCAUCACUACCGCCACGUUUUCUCCGGCUUCGCAGCGAGAUUAUCAGCAGAUGAAGCGAAAGCCAUCGAAGGUAAAGACGGCUUCGUCUCGGCGAGGCGGGAGCGAGUUUACGAACUCGACACGACCCACACUCCCGACUUCAUGGGGCUGCACCAGAACACCGGUUUCUGGAAGGCUUCCACUUACGGGAGGGGCGUCAUAAUCGGCAUGAUCGACUCCGGGAUCACGCCGGGCCACCCCUCGUUCGACGACGAGGGGGUCCCACCCCCUCCCGCCAAGUGGAAGGGAGACUGCGGGUUCAAAUCCGCAGCAUGUAACAACAAGCUCAUCGGAGCGAGAACAUUUGACGCCGGAAGCGAAACCGCCGCUGACGAAAUAGGCCACGGCACGGUCACUGCCAGCACGGCCGGCGGGAAUUUCGUGAGCGGCGCCAGCAUUUUGGGCAGCGCCAACGGCACCGCGGCAGGCAUCGCGCCGCUAGCUCAUGUGGCCGUGUACAGAGUUUGUGGACCCAAGGCCGGUUGCCCCGAGAGUGACGUGCUCGCCGGAAUCGACGCCGCCAUCGCAGACGGCGUCGACGUGAUCUCGAUGUCGAUAAGUCACCCCCCGUCCCCUUUCCACAGUGAUAACAUACAGGUGGGUGCGUUCCGCGCGGUGGCGAAGGGGAUCUUCAUCAGCUGCUCCGUCGGAAACACGGGGCCCGACGCUUGGACCGCGAAGAACGGGGCCCCGUGGGUUCUCACGGUCGGCGCCAGCACCAUCGACAGAAGGCUGGCGGCGACCGUAGUGCUCGGAGACGGCCAAAGAUUAGCCGGCCAAGCGGCGUUCCAGCCUCGAAACUUCCCUUCCACAGAUUUGGAACUCGUUUACCCUGGCGUGAGCCCCUUCGGCUCCUCAAUCUGCGACGUGAGCGCAUUCAAGAAAGUCAAUGUUUCCGGAAAGAUUGUGCUAUGCUCCGCCAGCAAACCCGCCGGAAAAGCGGCGAAGAAUGCCGGCGCCGCCGCGUUCAUUUCAAUGCAAUCAAAGGCUAGCGGCUACACGUUAACCUUAGGAGGCGACGACGAGCAUUUUCUUCCCUCGUCGCAAAUCAGUUACGCCGAAGCGCUCAAGAUCGAAUCCUACAUGACCAACGCUUCCAAGCCAACUGCCAAAAUCGUGUUUGAAGGAACUCAAAUCGGCGAUCCCCACGCCCCAUUCGUAGCUUCGUUUUCCUCGAGAGGUCCGAGCUCCGUGAGCCCCGGAAUCCUCAAACCCGACAUCAUCGGCCCCGGAAGCAACAUUCUUGCAGCUUGGCCCACUUCCCUUGAUGAAGAUGAAGCUAACAAAUUCUACAUGGGCUCCGGCACCUCCAUUUCGUGCCCUCAUCUGAGCGGCGUCGCAGCGUUGCUGAAGAGCGCGCACCCCGACUGGUCUCCGGCUGCAAUCAAGUCCGCCAUCAUGACCACCGCGGAUCGAGCCAACCUCGGAGGCCAACCAAUUGAAGAUCAAACACAUGUUGCUGCUGAUAUCUUCGCAAUAGGCGCAGGUCAUGUCAAUCCUUCGAGAGCUACUGAUCCGGGGCUCGUGUAUGACCUCCAGCCCGAAGACUACGUCCCCUAUUUGUGUGGCUUGAAUUAUUCCAGCUUGCAAGUAGGCAUCAUCGUUCAGCGCAAGGUGGAUUGCUCGACAACGACGUCUAUUCCUGAGGCCCAAUUGAACUAUCCCUCGUUCUCCAUCAAUCUUGGAUCAUCUUCACCUUCUUCGCAGACGUAUACAAGGACGGUUACUAACGUUGGUGAGUCGAAUUCAUCGUACAUUGUGGAGAUCGUUUCGCCUCGAGGGGUUAGUGUGAGCAUUAAUCCAACUAAACUGAUAUUCUCAAAAGUGGGACAGAAACUGAGUUACAGUGUCACGUUCAACCGAUUAGCUACAGCAGCUGAGCGUGGUACCUCUCAGGGAUUGCUUAGGUGGAUUUCUGCCGAGCACUAUGUUAGCUCUCCAAUCGCAGUCAUAUUUGGAUCAAUAUGA